UUGACUUAUCGGACAGUUAUAUCCAUAUAUGCGGUGGUGUCGAUGGAUCUACUUAUUACUCGGACUGUUAUAGAUAUAAUACACAUCAAAAUGUUUGGCAAUCAAUACAAUCCAUGUCCACACCGAGGGAUGACUUUAGUCUGGUUUCAAUUGAUUCAAAAUUAUAUGCAAUCGGCGGCAGUAAUAAUGGUAAACAUUUCAAUAGUGUUGAAUCAUAUGAUCAACAAACAAAUCAAUGGAAAUCAAUUGCAUCGAUGAAUAUAAUACGACAUUACCAUGAUGCAGCUGUACUUGAUAAUACAAUCUAUGUAUGCGGUGGUGACAAUGGUAAUACUGAUUUAAAAUCGUGUGAAUAUUAUUAUAAGGCUAUCGAUGAAUGGCAUUUUGCGACCGCAAUGUCUACGAUAAGGCGUGGUCUGGCACUGGUAGCUCAUGAAGGCUAUAUGUAUGCUAUUGGAGGUAAAAAUGGUUUAUUUGGUGAAUAUGUAAAUACAAUGGAAAGAUAUGAUACAGUUAGUCAACAAUGGCAACCAAUGGCUAAUAUGAAAUAUACUAGAGGCUAUUUUGGUUCAGCAUCAUUUUUGGAUAAAAUAUAUGUUUGCGGCGGUUCGGGUACUAGUGAUUGGAAAUCAUGCGAAACAUAUGAUCCGCUAACAAAUCAAUGGACACCAAUUGCAUCCAUGCAAUUGGAUAGAAAUGAUUUUAAAUUGAUAGCAUUUGAUGAUAAAUUGUAUGCAUUGGGUGGACAAACAACAGAUGGUCAACUAACGGAUACGGUUGAAAUAUAUGAUUAUAAAUCAAAUCAAUGGUCAUAUACUAAAUCAUUGCCAAAAAAGUUACAAAUGUUUGGGGCAUCUGUUAUAACAUAUUUGUAACAUAAAAAAUAUUGCAUAUUUUUAAUUUUGAGUAAUA